CCCUUUAUUUUUUCCCGCGGGGGAGCUGUGAAGUAAAGACUGAGGACUCUCACUUCCAUCAAAGAUACUCUUUGCUCGUCACUGGUCCUUCGAAUUCUUCUCUAACUAACAUCCCCCACUGAUGGCUACCCCAGACCAGCCAGUGGAUAGUAAUGAAGACAGGAAAGGAGACAAGAUGGAGGAUGGGACGACAGUAGGCGGGUCCAUCCCAAUAACUCCAGCUACAUUCACUGAAAUGAAGGACCUUCAGAAAGGAAUGCUACUAGAAGCUAAUGACAAAUUCGGGAAAUGGUUUCUUGCAAAUAUUUUGGAGCUCGAUGUCAAGUCUGAGAGGGCCAAAGUUCACUUUAGAGGUUGGAGCUCUCGCUUUGACGAGUGGAUUAGCCUCAGAGAGGGGAAAUUAAGAAAAAUGACUGGCGACCACAGGAGACACAGGGGGAAACUAUCAAAAUCGAUUGUGAUUGGAGAUAGAGUAAGUGUGAAGGUUGAUAGUAAAGGUGUCAAUAAACAGUAUGGACAUGUAUUGAGCCUAAAUCAGAAAGGAAAAACUGUUGAAGUUCAGUUUGAUGAUGGACACAAGCAAAUUAUGUCUUUUAAUGAUGUUACCAAAAAUAUGCAUUCAGAAAGCAGUACAGCUAGUACCUCUGUGCCCUCACCAGUCACUGAGGCUAGAGUUCUUAGAACAAGAAAGAGAAAGAAACCAGUUGACACCGAUGAACAACCCGACCCCUUUGAUAAUCCAUCCCCUCCCUCAUCUCCCAAAGAAAAGAAGAACCAGUCUCUCUUGACCACGUCGGACGACGACUACAUUCUAAGUGAAGACAGUGAUCACUCUGCAAAAGAGGCUCGGAAGAAGAAAAGACGAUUAUCAUUGAGGAGAAAGAAAAAGAGUGAAGAACCAGAGCAGACCACACCUAUAGCUACCACGCCCCCUGUAAUUACUAAAGGUAGUGUAUCGAAAUUGAAUUUAAAGAGGUGUGGCUCUGCUAGUUCAACAGUACCUGUUUCACCCGAGGACCCUCUAGCUAGUAAUAAGACACUGGGGCCUCUGAUGACCCCACCCCCUCAUCAUUAUUCCGCCAUUACAGUCACGCCCAUUUCUCUUAUAUCCACGCCACUGGCUGGACUGAUACAGACACAGUCUCAUACCAUAUCAGGUAUUGAACUCCUGCCGUCUGUCUCUGAGUCUUCUUGUACUCAUAUUGCUACUGUUGAGGGCGUGUCUCUAUUGGAACAGACUCCGCCCGUCACUCCAGGUCAUUCAAAAGGUGCUUCUAAGCCACAGCCAAUCUCAAGGAUCCAGCUUCCAUUGGUUUCAUCUCCUGCUCCAGUGAUAGCCUCUGUGGCCACUCCCUCUCUCCCUCCCAUUCAACGACCCCCAGCUGCUGCUCUAUCACCAGGUAAGGGAGAGACUGGGAGAGAGAGGAGGAGGAGGAAGUCAAUGACUACAAGAGCUCAGACUAAAGUGGAGAGAAACAUAAUAAAGAAUGAUAAAGAUCGACCAUGUAAGUUACAUAAAUCUCACCUAGCUCCUAAAGAGCAUGUUGUUAUAUUGGAUCAUAAUAAGUUCAAGUGUACAGUCUCCACCUGCUCCAAGUCGUUUCGUAAAGAGUCUCUCCUCCAGUCUCACCUCUACCACUACCACAAACAAAAAGGUGUAAGGAGGUCAGUAGAUGGACCUGUUAAAGGUCCUCCUAUGAAAUCAAAAGUAAUAGAAGCAGCAGGAGCAGCUCCAUCACCUUCCAUCCUCAAAAAGAGCCCAAAAACUCGCCUUCACUCACCCAAGAAAACACUGAAAAACCCAAAAACACUGCAAGAUCUCCCUCCAGCUCCUCCCAUCCUUAAAGUACUCGUAGUACCAGCCGAAAAGAGAGCCCAGAGUCUCUGCAGGGAACUAAAACUACCCUUGCCACAGGAACCUAUAAUAUUGAAACAGGUGGAGAAUGAGUCUUAUAGACCAGCAGGAGCCACAGGUAGUGAUCAACCAGCCCAGAGACUCCGCCCUGUUAGGAGAUCAAGUACUGCCGUGUUGCCUCCUGAGAUGCUGGACUCUGAGACUGAACUUAGUGAGGAGGAGAGUGAGGAGUAUGACAAAGGAUUUGAUGAGGAUGAUUACGAGGAGGAGUUCCUUGCCUCGUUGAGUGAGAGGAACAAGAGGAAGAAGGAGAAGAAGAUGGCAUCAAAGGAUGAUGUUGUACAUUGCAAUUGUGCUAAUAAUCUUGAUGAAGGCUUCAUGAUACAGUGUGAUCAAUGCUUGACGUGGCAGCAUGGAGAGUGUGUUGGUAUAAUGGAGAACAAGACUCCAGAGAGCUACUUGUGUCCAAUCUGUUCUAAUCCUCCAGGAAUGAGGAGAAGGAUUAAGCACAUGUAUCCUAGGUCAUGGUUUAUUGAUGGCUCUUUGCCUUCAUUUGGAGACAAAUCUAAAGCUAGUAAGGAUCAUAACAAAGCUGUACUCAAGAGUCAUAGAAUAGCUGACACGCUCUACAAGAUAAAGAAAAUGGUUCAUUGUACAAAGAUAAAGCUUCAGGCAAUCAAUACUCCGAAUCACUUGUAUCUCAAGCAGUGGUCCAGGUACUGUAAACAGCUCUCACCCGAAGAUGUCCAGUCAGUCUUGUUCAAAGUCUUAAACCCGGUCAAAGACCUCAUACCAUUCCCUUCCACUGAGUCUUCUAAUGUCCCUCUCUCUACUCAAGCAACCACUGAAUCAAAAGUUAAUGUUUCUGAGUCUUCCAGCAGCUCAUCUCAUGAGUCCCUUGUUAAAGAACCUUUCCUGGACGUCACAGACCUCAAACUAGUUCCACUGCCUCCUCUUCCUCUGCCCUCUUCGGCCGAGAGUGGAGGAGGAGGAGGAGAAGGGGGCACUCCUGAUUUUCUAAUUGACGAGCAUUCUCCAAAAAGUGAAGAUGGAGAUACUCUGUCUCCUCCGAUGCAGAGCUUGCCUCCACUCCCAGUCUCGUCGUGUCUAACCACACCCACUGUUGUUACCACGCCGACUGUUUCCUUGGCAAACAUCGACAAAGAGGCCGUUACUCAAUCCAACGGAAUAGACACUGAUAUGGAGGUGACAUCUAAACAGGAGGAAGAGGAGGAAGGAGGACAAAGGGAGGAUAGUUUCAUAGCAGCUGUGAGACAAGCUGCUGAUAGUCUAUACACUGAUGGUGACAGUAGUCACUGGAUUCAAAGACUACUGCUCAUUGAGCAUGUGGAGAAAGUCCAGGAGAGGAUAACGUCCUGGAUAAAUGAGAUUGAUAAACUCAUUGAAGGACUCUCUGAUAAAGAAUUAAUCGACUCUGCAAGUCUUUUAAUGGAAGUACAAGAAACUAUAGUAGAACUUAAUAAAAUGGGGCACUCUGGAGCAUCACUCACGAUGAAAACAACAGCAUGACUUUAUUCAAAAAUUCUCUCACUCUCUUUUCUCUUUAUGAUUAUUUUAUCCAAUCACAUAAGAUAUUGUAUUAUAAUAGCGCUAUGAUGAUAGAAAUUAAUAAUUUUAUUCAAUUAUUUGUCUCAAUACUGCUAAUUGUACCAUUGUACU